CCGCCGUCUCUCCAGACCCCCAAAGACACGAAGGAGCUCCGAUCCGAGUCAUCCGACCAGUGCAAAGACAGCACACCGCAGAACAAGAGAGAGGGGGCAAAAUCAGCGACCCGAAAUCCGCCGAAAUGGCGGCGAUCGUCGCGCGCGCAGCCAACGGCGGCCUCCGUGGACGCCAAGAAACCAGUCGCGGCAGCCUCGUCCGGCGGCGCCGAGAUUACGCGGUGGUCGUCGCGGUCGUGACCGGGGCCGGGGCGCCGCCGCCGCAGGAGGGUGCGCUGGAGCGGCCGGCGUGGUCCGGAGAGACGCCGGUGUCGCGGCUCGUGGGCGCGCUCAUCGCCUUCAAGCCGCUCUACGCUCUCAUGAAGCUCGCCUCCCGCGAGGUCAUUAUCAGGACGGCGGAGAAGGCCAACAUCCCGUGGAGGGAGAUGACGAAGAAGGUGCUGGAGUCGGACGUGUACGAGGUGUUCGAGAGGAUACGAGACCCCAACCUCGUCUACCCUGACUAUUAUCUGAGCCCAUUUCACGCCUAUGACGAAGGAAACCUAUCAUGGCUGGCUGCAGCUGAGGCAGAGGCCGCAACCUUGUCGAUUGCAAAAAGGGCCAUACCUGAGGCUACUUCUAUUGAAGAAGCAAACCAGAUCGUCCGUGGAAACUGGAUGAAUGCCAUUGAGGAGCAUCACCUCAAGUAUUCGGGACACCGUCAGAUAAAUGACAUUCUGGACAUUGGCUGUUCUGUUGGAGUAAGCACCAGAUAUCUGGCUGACAGGUUCCCUUCGGCUAAAGCUGUUGGACUAGAUCUAUCGCCAUACUUCCUCGCCGUGGCUGCACAGAAAGAAGAAAAAAUGUCUCGGCAGCAUCCUAUCCGCUGGGUUCAUGCAAAUGGUGAAGAGACAGGGUUGUCCCCAGAUUUAUUUGACGUCGUCUCCCUCGCUUAUGUGUGCCACGAGUGUCCAGCACGAGCAAUACAUGGAUUAGUAAAGGAAGCAUUCCGACUACUUCGUCCAGGAGGAACCAUCGCGUUGACCGAUAAUUCACCAAAAUCCAAAGUACUUCAGGAACUAUCACCAGUGUUGUUCACAUUGAUGAAGAGCACUGAACCGUUUCUGGAUGAGUACUACAUGCUGGACUUGGAGGAGGCGUUGAGUCAAGCCGGCUUUGUCAAUGUCCAUUCCAUCUUCACAGACCCCAGGCAUAGAACAGUUACUGCGACUGUGCCCUCCACCAAAAAAAAAUUUUUGUCAUCUUAAUUGGUCUAGUGUAAACAGUUACAAAAGCUUAGUAACUUGUGCAUUUCUUUGCAUACAUUUAUUAGAAGACAAGGGCCUAUCGUUACUCCAACUAUAUAUUCACAUGUACUGGUUAUUACUCUAGCAUCUACCUCAAAUCUCAGUUCUCACUGGUUGAUUA